UUAACAUUGAAUAGCAUUUGUAUAUUUUUGAUAUAGCUGUAAAAUGUUAGACAUACUGAAAAAAACUUGCUAAUUGACAAAAAAUUAUCAGGUUUAUAUUGAUUCAUAGAUACAGUAUUGGAAAUUAGUACGAGUGUACUUUGGAUACUUUUGAUUCCAGCAAGCCUAUAAAUGGACUGUUAUUAUAUCUCGACCAAUACUUUAACAAAAGGGACAGAUAUGUAAGUAAUAAAAGGUUGACUUUGGCUUGCUGCAUGUAUACAGAGAGCUUUGCAAGAGCGUUAUUGGAAUCGUAUGUUGUGUUUAAUCAUCGCGACAGGUCAUACAGCGACUGUGAAAUGUUCAAUAUUGGGUCUACGUGGUAUCAGGAGAGAUUCUAAUGAAAAUUCAUAUUGAGUCUCUUUCUCAUGUGGAGAGUGGAUUUUUUGAAAAUAUUUACCUAGCUUUUCUGUUGUUAGAUGAUAAUUUACUGUGAAUGCAAGUUUUCUAACCACUGUGUCUAUUAUUGCUGGCAGAUGUGAACAUUAUUUUUGUAUCUUAGUUGAAUAGUAGUUCAAGAAAAAUAAUAAAGUGCAGAAAAAAGCAAAGAUUUUGCAGACUUGGUAUAGAGGAUUAUCAGAUGGUUUAGGUAGUUAUGUCUGAAUAGGAUAUAUUUUCGUCACCAGAAUACAGAAAUUAAGAUGGGUACAGGUGCAAGCUCGUACACGCCACCACCUACGCCCCUGAGGUCACUGCGAAAUGUCAGAGGUCAAGAGUCACCAGAGCUUGAUCUAAUAUUUGAAUCAACGAAUGUGACACGUACAGAGAACAAUGUUGGACCUGUCAUUAUUCGAAACUGUAUGGAGGAAUACCAGCACAUCAGUGAUUUUAAGGAACCUUUUGUGUAUGGCAGACUAGCAGAAAGAAUGCAGAAACACCUCCUGGUUCAGGGAUGUUACACAAUAUGGAAGGGAGAGUAUUUCUUGGUAAGAGACCAUUGCUUGAUAGAUGGGGACUCCCCAAAAUCAGUGCAGCUGCACCAAGCAAAGAACUGGUUACCUGUAUACUGGUGCGGCCAACCAACAGCCAAUGAACUGUCGGCCAUUGUAAAUGAUGUGGAGAAAGAGGGAUAUCCAGAAAUACUUGUAUACAACAUGAGAGAGGAACCAGUCCUGUUUGUCAAUAUAGCAGACGACUUUAUACCUUAUACUAUAAAAAACGGGUACAAUUUGAGAACGUGCAUUGUUACGGGUAAAGUGAACAAGGAAGCCGAGUUGUUUGAAUCGAAUAUCAGAAGAGAGGUGAUUGCCUUAGCAACGAUGAAUGACGAGAACCAGUUCUAUUUUUACAAUGAUACAGAAACAUUUUCUGGGGAGCCGCACGUAUAUCCUGUGCAGUUUGAGGACAACCUGUUGGUGUCAGAAGAAGUGUAUUCUAGACUGGCAUUCUCAAAUCCAAAACUGAGAUAUCGUCGACUGUGUUUCCCGCUAGAAGGUGCCCCACCUGAUAUAGAAGUGGACCAUUUCAUCUCUAUUGCUCAGGAUUCCUAUUUGGCAUCUAAAGACACUGCCCAACCGGCAAUGUUGUUUACGGGGCAGAGAGGUACUGGGCGUGUGAAUGUCGGAGCUGUGAUGGGAUAUCUACUGCUGGCACAAAAAGAUGCUGACACCACAAAAAGAAGACCUAGCUCUGCAGCUUCGAGACACAACAGGAUGACAGAGGCAGAUUUACAGGAACAGGGGUAUUUUAGAGCUAUUACAAAGCUUGUCUCCUUGCUUGACAAUGGCAACACCAUCAAACAUCAGGUUGACAUGGCGAUAGACAACUGUUGCACGACACACAACUUGAGGACAGAGAUUAUGGCAGCCAAGCUGAAACUAGAAGAAAUGCAAGAAGAUCAUGCUUCAGGAUUUGCCUUUCAGAGUGAGAAUGACAUAUUGGCUCAAUACAGAAAAUGUGUCAAUUACCUAAACAGAUACUUCUUCAUUAUUUGCUUCAAUGCCUAUCUCUGUGAUCAGUUUGAUAAUCAUUUUAUGGUUGGUUUCACGAAGUGGAUGAAUCGACAUCCAGAGUUAAACCAUCUGAGAUGCACUAUGUUCCUGCCUAUAUACAAUACCAGUUACUCCAGGCUUGAUUCUGGACAGCAUUGCUUGGUGUCAGACAACUAUGUUGGGCUGGAUCUUAUGGGCUCGCAGAUGGAUGUUAGAGUUGCAAAUUUCCGAAAAAUCAAUCUGAAAGAAAUUCCUGUGUAUGGUAUGGCACAACCUGCUGCUGAUGGUUUGUCGAAAGUUGUGAAUCAUUUGUUGAACCUGAAGGUGAAACAUACACACGUUGUUCUGAUCAACUUACGUAAUGAUCUCAUGGUCGAGAUAGAUGAUGGUACAUACAGUGUCAGAGAUGCCUCAAAAAUGGACGAACCAGUUGUGUUCCCAGGAUUCAGCAAAAGCGAGCUGGAGGACAGGGAAGAAGCCUUGAAAAGAACAAUAAGAAAAUACAAAACAUUCCAGAUAUACAAUGAAUUGGGAGAUCCCCCUAUAGAGAGGGAUAUCAACAAAGCUUACACGAUUCUCGACCUAGCGGAAAACCAACGCUUACAAACUCUUGAUAUGUCAUACUAUAGGAUACCCCUUCUCUGUGAUGAAAGUCCAAUGGAAAAAGAUAUUGAUAAUCUUUUGGAAGUUGUAUGUAACCACUGUAAGCAGGAACGACUAAAGAAUAAUACAAGUACUGCCUUCGUGUUCUUCUGUAGAACGGGAAAAAGUCGCUCAACAUUUGCCAUGGCCGUCGCAGGUCUCACACUGUGCCAUAUGAAGGGUUUCCCAAAAGGCUCCCAAAAAGGGGAACAGGAACGAAUAAGCUGCCCAAAUGCUCAGUAUACGAAAGGAGAAUUUAUUAUUGUACAGAAGUUGGUAAGAAUGUUACCCAAUGGUCAGCAGGUGAAGCGAGAGGUGGACUUCAUACUGGACGAGAUUUUCAACACAAUGACACCAAUGAUGUUCCAUAUGAGAGAAAUCAUCUUUGUAACUUACAACAGAUUGAAGAAAUGUGAGACAGAGCAUGCCAAAGAGCAGAUACUGUGUCAGUCGAUACUGUACCUAGAGAGAUACGUGUACCUGAUCUUGUUCAAUGCCUAUCUUCACUGUGAUGCACACACCCACUGGAAACGACCGUUCAGCAGAUGGAUGAAAGAGGUCGGAGGUCGUGCCGGUGUAUACGAAGUAUUGGAUAACCUUGGAUUUUACGACUUUGAAGAAACCCUGACAGACUUCAGAAAGAUGUCGGUGCGCUGGAAAUACCCUAUUCCAAAUGUGCGAUGGCAAGGAGAAUUUAUCUAAAAAAAAACUAUGGACCGUCGUAAAAAUGAAAUGAAUACAGUCACAACGUGUUUUAUUUAUAUGCUGGCAUAUGUACACAUUUUUCUGUUAAGUCAUCAGUUUUUGCACUAUAUAUAACACAAAAAAAAGACACUUUUUUAAACUUUAAAAAGAAGAUUUGCAUGUGAUUUAUCAAUGUUUACAAAUGAAUUCUUUUGAAAUACAUGUUGCACUUCAUUUUGGUAUCUCAGAUGCUCAUUCAACCAUAAAAUCUCAAUCUCACUAAAGAUCUGCCUUGGUUAGUUGUUUUCAUUUUCCUUCAUUAAAUAUGAAAGAUACCUGAAUGGUGUAUAUUAUACAUGUUAGUAAUAUUAUGUAUUUAACUUUGUUAAUAUACAAAGAUGUAUUUGGAUGAGCAUCAGAUGAGCUGAAAUACAUCCCAUAUUCUAUUAUAUACGUAUAUAAACUCUGUCAAAAAUACAGCUUGUAUUGGACAAGAUAAUACAAACUGGCAGAAAAAAUUCUGUAUUGUUCCUUUUGUAUUGCAUGUUGCAGGACUACUUUCAUUUGAUAUGCAUGACCUGACACAGUUCUAUAAAUAGCGCACACAAAAACUACACUCAGUUCUAUUUUAACAUUGGUAAAAAUUGAAGAGUUCAUUCGAUAACAAAACCACAAACAAAAAGGUGGCGGUAUUUAAUAUAAGGGUCAUUACAAGAAUACCUAGAUCUGAGAUUUUGUAUUCUGCUCUCGUAGAUUUUGCCAGGUCAGAACACACUCGGCGCUUUCACGCCUCAUGUGAUCCGUUCUGGUAAAAUCUCCUCAAGCCAAAUACAACAUCUCAGAUCAAGCUACUUUCAUAAUAACCCUAUUAUACAAAGCUCUGUUUCAUGACCAUUUUAUUUCAUGUAAAAUCAGAAGUUUGGAAUUCUAGGAACAUUUGAAUAAUGUAAAAGUAUUUGAGAAAAACAGUACAACAAGCAUUUAUUGACAUUUAAUUUCAUGCUGAUAUCAGUAAACAUCAUUUAUUAUUCAGUUGACAAUAAAUGUCAUGUAAUUUCAUACCAUAGUUUGAAUGAUUUGUUUUGAAGCUUCUACCAUGUCAUUUUUACUUUAUAUCAAACCCAAUGAUUUGCUCUUUAGAGUUCUUUGUUAGAA